AUGUUGGCUAUUGCUGUUCUGUUUUUGUCCCUGGUCGGCGCGAGCCCAUUGACAUUUGAGUUGUUGAAAGGUGAGAGACAAUGCUUCCACACGCUAACUACAAGAACAGACUGUUCUAUUUCCUAUUACUACGAGGUGCUCAGCGGUACUGGUAACGAUCUGAAUGUGCAGUAUGAGAUCUUUGAGCCAGGUAACCUACACGAGCCAAUUGUGAACAGGAACAACGAGCACAAGGGCCACUGGUCGUUCCCUGCCAAGCACCGCGGUGAGUACACAUUCUGCUUUUAUGGUGGUAAAGCCCACGACAAGAUCGUCGAGCUGGAAAUCACUUCUGAGUGUGGCAAUGUUGCUAGCGAUGUUAGAAGCCAGAGAAGAAACUUCAGAAAGAAUCAAAGAGGUAUCGAGGACAAAGGUGAGAGCAAGCAAUUGAAGACCAAGUUGGAAGACUCUAUUGAUAAGAUCGAGAGACAGCUGUACUCCUUGGAGAACAGCUUGGGCUACUACAAGACCAGAAACGAUAGAAACCACGCUACUGUCCGCUCCACCGAGAAGAGAAUCACCGCCUUCUCCUUCUACGGUAUCCUAUUGAUCAUCGGUAUGAGUCUGGGCCAAAUUGCCGUCCUACAAUGGGUCUUUAAGGAAUCCAGAAAGCAAAAAGUAUAA